ACGAUGACAAAAAUGAUCCCGACAAACUACUACAGCAAGAGACCACGACGACAACAACGAUGAUGAUGACAAUAAUGAUGAUGAUUAAAUUAAUGAUGAAUGACAAUGAUGAGAACAAGGAAGCGAUAUGCGAAAGUGGUGACAACGACGGCGAUGAAUUAUGGCAUUCAUUUUGA